GUCAGAAGCUUAGUAAUGGAUUUGUGGGUGUAGUCAUCCGUCACUUCCUGUACGCACAUCCUCCCAAUGCAUCCGUCACCAAUCAAUCAGUGAACACUGUUAUCUGUCUUUGAUUUGGGGACAUAUUGCUCACACCAAACUCGUGGUAUAAAAGGAGUCGAUCUGCUCAGCGUGCACCAGAAGCAACACACCUGUUGGGUUUUGUUGUGCACUUACUUCAUUCAGUCGUCAGAGACAUGUCAGGGAAAGUUAUUGUGGUGUUUGCACUGCUGGUUGCACUGCUGGUAUCCUGUGCAGCUGGAGAGGCUGAAGACACUCAUCUACUACAGCAGCUCCUAGCCAAGAGGGAGAAAGUGAGAGGCACAGGUGGCAGACAGGAACCGGCGCCUCAGGCUGUCUCUGCACGAAUGGAGAGACGGGCACACCUUUCAGAGGAUGAACGGGAGAUUAUGACUAAACAAAUAAUGCAAGCCAUCUCAGAGAUGAUGAACUCUGAGUGCAUGCUGGAUCGGGACUACCAGGGCUGGGUGGACUUCGGACGCCGCAGCACAGAGUGAGACACGGCGAUGAGAGCUCAGCCUCGCUGCUUCUUGUUCACAUUUCAUACAAAGUCAAUGUUUUACUCUCACUGCAACUUUAUAAAUAAAACCUUUUUGCAGAAUUA